CCAAUUCGGCCGCCAUCGGCACCAGCUAUUCCUUCCAUAAAUCCUGCUCUUGCAGGCAACCGCUUACACAAAGAGUCUUGAAGAGAAAUACUAAAAUUGCGAGUCAUACAAGAACAGCUUUUUUUUCGAUACGUCAACAAUGGCCGACCAUGCACGACCAACAUCAGCUGAGCCCCGACUUCCCCGGGUCACGAUCCAAUUCUGCACGCAAUGCAAAUGGAUGCUUAGAGCAGCCUAUUACGCUCAAGAACUCCUCUCAACCUUCUCCGUCGCCCUGGGUGAGGUAGCCCUGCAGCCUGCCACGGGCGGGGUAUUCAUCGUCGAGAUCAUCACCAGUACCAACACCGACCCAAGCGCCGCCACUAACGCCGGUGACGAUGAGUGCUCACUGCAACCAAAGAGAAUCGUGCUCUGGGACCGCAAGGUUGAUGGCGGAUUCCCCGAGACCAAGGAGCUCAAGCGGCGGUUGAGAGACGUGAUUGAACCGGGAAGGAAUCUGGGGCAUGUGGAUCGGGAUUAUGGACCGGGGAAAAGUAGUGGUGGUGGUGGUAGUGGUGGGACAGGUCCGGGUACAAGUGAGCGAGGGAAGUUGGAGGAGGGAGGAAAGAGCCGGGAGGCAGAGGGUGUGAAGGUAAGCGAGGGGACUGGGCAGGAAGGCAAGGCAUGUAGAGCUGAGGGAGGGGGCAAGUGCGAGGACUGUGAGUGAGCGAGGGGUGAUUGGAGAGGACGUGGGAGGUAAGGUUUCAAUGCUCUUCAAGUUGGGGAUAUUAAAGGCUUUUGAUGGCGUGGCUUUCGAGUAUACGCCUGGGUGGGGGUAUGGAGGCUACCGCCGAAUCCGAAGCAGGCUCAAGAUUACAACGGAGUAACUGCCGAUAGACAUGUCCGCGGGAUGCGAACAAGUCGGUUAGUACAAGGAAGAGUAGCAUAUUGAGAAAUCGUACUUCAUCCCACGCUACAUCAGCCUCUGUAAUCGGGCAUCAACCAAGCAGAGGACAGCCCAAUCUCGACAAAGACCAACCCAGCGGCUCUUGUUCCUGGAGACCUAAGGGUGAUAGACCUCCUGAGAGAGUAUCCGAAUUCAGAACAGAACGUAACAAGGGAGAGCAGAGC